ACCCCGGCCGACGCCCCCGCCUGGAGCCCGGGCAGGCUCGGAGCGCGCGUCCCCUUCCGCGGCCGCCCCGACGCGAACUUCCAGGCGCCGGAGCCGGGCGGCUGCCGUCCCGAGCCUUGAGAAGAGCCGGCCCGCAGAGGAUGACCUGGACCUCGAAGCGCUGGUGAACAACAUGAACGCGUCCCUGGAGGGCCUGUUCUCACCCUGCAGCAUGCACUCGGACACCGUGCCCCUCCUGCAGAAUGGCCAGCACGCCCAGAAUGGCCAGCACCCCCAGAAUGGCCAGCACGCCCAUGGCCAGCUGCCCGCCCCCACCUUGCGGCCCCUGCCGCCACCCAUGUCGCCCCGGCCGAGGGUGCAGCGCUCCCAGCCAGUGCACAUCCUCCCGGUCAGGCGCCUUCAGGAGGAGGACCAGCAGUUCCGGACCUCGUCUCUGCCAGCCAUCCCCAACCCGUUUCCCGAGCUCUGUGGGCCCAGGAGCCCGCCUGUGCUCGCACCGGGCUCCUUACCUCCAAGCCAGGCCCCCGUGAAGCAGGAUGUGAAAAUCUUUACCGAGGACGGGACGGGCAAAGUGGUGGAGAUCCUAGCGGACAUGACAGCCAGGGACCUGUGCCAGCUGCUGGUUUACAGAAGUCACUGUGUGGAUGACAACAGCUGGACCCUUGUGGAGUACCACCCGCACCUGGGAUUAGAAAGGUGCGUGGAAGACCACGAGCUGGUGGCCCAGGUGGAGGGCACCAUGGCCAGUGAGAGUAAAUUCUUAUUCAGGAAGAAUUAUGCAAAAUACGAGUUUUUUAAGAAUCCAAUGAACUUCUUCCCGGAACAGAUGGUCACCUGGUGCCAGCAGUCCAAUGGGAGCCAGACCCAGCUGCUACAGAAUUUUCUGAACUCCAGUAGCUGCCCUGAAAUUCAGGGCUUUCUGCACGUGAAGGAUCUGGGGAGGAAGUCUUGGAAGAGGCUGUAUGUGUGCUUGCGCAGGUCGGGCCUGUACUUCUCCACCAAGGGGACUUCAAAGGAGCCCAGGCACCUGCAGCUGCUGGCUGACUUGGAGGACAGCACUGUCUUCACCCUCAUCGCUGGGAAGAAGCAGUACAGCGCCCCCACGGACCACGGGCUCUGUAUUAAGCCAAACAAGGUCAGGAACGAGACCAAGGAGCUGAGGCUGCUGUGUGCUGAGGACGAGCAGAGCCUUGCAUGCUGGAUGACGGCGUUCAGGCUCCUCAAGUAUGGAAUGCUCCUCUACCAGAGCUACCGCAUCCCUCAGGAGAGGAAAGCCAUGCUGUCUCCCUUCUCCACGCCAGUGCGCAGUGUCUCUGAGAACUCCCUGGUGGCAAUGGAUUUUUCUGGGCAGACAGGAAGAGUGAUAAAUAACCCGGCGGAAGCCCAGAGCGCCGCCCUGGAAGAGGGCCAUGCCUGGCGGAAGAGAAGCACAAGGAUGAAUGUCCUGGGAAGCCAAAGCCCCCUUCACCCUUCCACCCUCAGCACAGUGAUCCACAGGACGCAGCACUGGUUCCACGGCAGGAUCACCAGGGAGGAAUCACACAGGAUCAUUAAGCAGCAGGGUCUCGUGGAUGGGCUCUUUCUCCUCCGUGACAGUCAGAGUAACCCAAAGGCCUUUGUCCUCACACUGUGUCAUCACCAGAAGAUUAAGAAUUUCCAGAUCUUACCCGUGUUCUCCAGGAAUUCCCAGUUCAUUUGGGGAUAUGACAUCCGGAGUCCAUGCCAGGCACUUCACACAGCGCACUGAUAAGUCCUGCGAGCGUGGAUAGCUGUUGUGGUGUAUUCCCUGCAGAGCUCAGACAGGAAGCUGUCUUCUCAGAGGAGGUGGCCACGUGGUCUCCUCUCAGACUCGGAGUGCACGUUAGCGAGGAAAGCUCUGUACAGUCCUGGACAGACUAGUGGCAGCCAUUCCACACAGCCACUUUGCAGGAACACCAGGCCCCCAAAAGCUUUGGCUGCAUUCGCAAGCAUCAUGCAGCGAUUGGAAGCCACGGGCUGUGCAGAAUGCAAGAUUAGCUUUCAGGAACUCAGGGAAGCGCCUCCUGUCGCACUUCCUGUGCUUACGCAGUGCCUACACGUGCGUUGUCCAGCACAUUCAGGGAAAGGAGCAGAAUCUGGUCGGGUCAAACUCCAGCUCCCCGGGUUCUGCCACAUGUGCAAGCUCAAGAUUGUCACUUGGGAGCAGUCUGCGAUCUUUGUGUUUUCCCACUGCAUUAUGUUGCUGAACCAAAUGCUAAGAUUCUCUCUGCUUGAAAAUUAUAAAAUGGUGAAGUUUCCGUGGUGGGCGGAGUGUGUGAUCCAUCUCCAGAGGGGCCCCAGAGCCUCCAGUGAGCGGGGACCCGGGCCCACAGGAGCAGCCCUGCCCCUGAAAGCAGGCGUGGGGUCGGCCUGAGCGCCUGUGCUGCCCUGUGAGGAGUGGCCCUGAGUUUAUUAUCUGCCCAGCUGUGAGACUCUUCGCCUCGAGAACAGCGCCAUGACCUUCCUGUCCUGCCCUGCCCUGCACGGUCUGGCUGCAUUGAAAGCUCACUGGGUUAAAGCAGAUGACAGAGUUGUCUGUGCCACCUCCCUCACUUACCCUGGAGGUGAGCUCAGUUUCCAGGUCAGAGUGCGGCCCCUGCGGUCAGUGCCCACCGUGCCCUGGCUUCCUGCUGCCAGGCAAAAGGCUCUGGGCCGCUUCAGGUCUGGACCUGGUGCCUCUUUGCAUUGCACGGCUUUGAGCCUGUCCCAGCUGUUGACUUACAUUUCACCUAAACGCCACAUUGUCUCGUAAAAUUCUACUAGGGUAAAAAUAAAUCUGUAAACUCAAAAACUUACAUACAAUAACAUUAGGAAAAAUACAGUAAAAUUAGAGGGCUGAUGGGGAGAGGUUGACUGAACAACACUAAGCUGUAUUUAGACAGGAGGAGGAGAGGCUGCGUGCUCUUAACACAGCAGGGCGACUGUAGAAAACACUUCUUUUCUGUGUAGUCCAAAAGCUAGAAGGAAGGAUUUUAAAGGUUUUCCCAUCCAGAACUGGUAUUUGAGGAACUAGGUAUGUUUUAGCUGAUUUAAAAUAUUCUACAGUGAGUAUAUGUAGCAAAACACUACGUGACACCUCCAUGCAUAACCUAUGUAUAAUUCUUGCUUUUUUAUGUAUCAGUUUAAAAUGAUAAAGAGAAAAGGAAUGUAGUUCUAGCUGGACGUUGUGGUACACAACUAUAAUCUCAGCUAUUCAGGAGGCUGAGGCAGAAGGAUCCUGAGUUCAGGGCCAGCCUGGCCAUUUAGCCAGAGAGACUUUGUCUCAAAAUAAAAAAUAAGACAUGAGGAUGUGGCUCAGUGCUCUCUGGAUUCGAUUUCUAAUGCCAAAAAAAUAAAUGUAGCUCUGUCUGGGAUGCAGUGCAGAGUUCCUGUCCUAAGAAGACAGCCACCAAGCAGUCCCGAGAAAAUGAGGGGACUGGGGAAGAGUUGCUUUCCCUCCGUGACAUCAUUGGUGCCUCCCAGUCAGGUGACAGUUAUCCAUCCUGGAGUGGACAAGGUUUGGGGGCUUGAGGUUUGUGGUCCCACACCCAGGCCCCGAGUCUGGGGCGCCCUUCACACAGGGUGAGCAAGCUCUAACCUGGCCAGUGUCCUCUUGUGUCC